CCCAGCGCCAGCAGCAAUUUGUUUUGAAUUAUUUGCAUUUGUUUUUAUUCCCUAUUUUUCAAUAAACAAAUUCAAAUUAAUUUAUAACUCAGUUUAAAUAUAAGAACUAUAAGAUGUCUUCAUUAUCGGGUAUUCGUGUUCAUAUGUUCAAUGAAAAUUUCCUCAAUGAAAGCGAGCAAGAUGCAAACUCAGUUCUUACAGAACUUGAUAAAGGCUUACGAUCAACAAAAAUAGGUGUUCAGUGUGAGGCUAUUGUAAGAUUCCCUCGACUGUUUGAAAAAUAUCCAUUUCCCAUUUUGAUUAAUUCAUCAUUCUUGAAGUUGGCUGAAUUCUUUUGGAGUGGAUCCAACCUUCUUCGUUUUUGGGUCCUAAAAGUUUGUCAGCAAAGUGAGAAUCAUUUAGAUAAAAUCUUAAACAUUGAUGGAUUUGUAAAGAGAAUUUUCAUGGUUACACAUUCAAAUGAUCCAGUUGCAAGAGCACUAACGCUUCGGACCUUGGGCGCUGUAUCGAGAGUAAUACCCGAAAAGCAGCAGGUCCAUCACUCUAUUCGUAGGGCUUUGGAUAGCCAUGAUACUGUUGAAGUAGAAGCUGCAAUCUAUGCAAGCGGACAGUUUGCUGCGCAAUCGAAAUCCUUUGCUAUAAGUAUGUGCUCGAAGAUCGCAACAAUGAUUGAAUCUCUCCAAACCCCAGUCAGCAUGAAACUUCAAUUGAUUCCUGUUCUUCGGCACAUGCAUCACGAUGCCAACACUGCAGCCAUGGUAAAGGACUUAUGCUUGAAUCUUCUUCCCAAAUAUCCUGCUGAGAGUUUUGUCAUUGCUAUUCUGGACUCCCUAACCAAGCUCUCGAGUCAGACUCUAAUUGGAAUUCCCGAUCAAGUAGAUUUACUCCUCACCUAUCUGCAAGAUCCUCGCAAAAAAGUACGAUGUCAAGUAUUGAAGUCCUUGACAACUUUGGCAACUCAAAAAAGCGCACACUCUUGGCCCAAGGGAUCACUUAAAAAUCUCAUAACCAAAGCUAAAACUUGUGUUGAGGGCACCGAACAGGCAUUGGUUCUUACUGUAGUUCUUACUCUCACCGAAUGCCCAUUGACGUGUCAUGCGCUGCUCAACGAGGAGCAAAGUUUGAUAAUUGAAUUGUGUUCGUCGUGCUUGAAUUUGGAAAAUCAUACAGCAGCAAGUCAGGCACUGGCUAUCCUCAAAGGAUUGGUAAUCUAUUGUCAUGCAAAUUCAACACCACCCCCAGAUGUGAUUAUGGAACUUAUUAACAUACAUCUGGAAAGUCUCAUAUUUUCUUCAGUUGGCAAUGAAAAUCAUACCAAGGAGCUUAAGAAGUACCUUAUUUGUGGAGUAAAAAUAUCAGAGGCAAACAACGAAUUUGGAGAGGACUUUAUUGAAAUGAUCGGUGACUUAUUGAGUGACGAAAUAACAUAUCCGAAAAAGCAUUCGGAACUCUUAUGCGAAACAUUAGCUGCCUUAUCUUCGAAAUUCCAACUUCGUAAGUUCACGCCUCCCAAAACAGACGCAAUGGACACUGAUGAAGAACAUCAGCCCAGUGAGGUGGUGAAUCCAGUCGCAGAACGUCUUCCACAGAUUUUGAAAAAAUUAAAUUCAAUCCUUGAUGGCGAUGUCAAAGAUGAGUCAAGAAUUAUUGAAAUUCUCUCAGCAGUGAUGCUUCAAUCCCUAAUUGGUUGUUUCGUACCAAGUGGGGUUCUUGAUACGUUCGAUCGAAUUGCCUCGGUAAGCAAUUGUUGGACUUUAUAUCGCAUCGGAAGAUCAGCUUCUAGGUAUGGACAACAUUUCCUAGCUGCACGAUUCUUUUUACGAAUUGCAAAGUAUGCAUCAAUGGAUAAAUUCCAUUUCUUCCUGAUCGGUGUAUCUCAAAUGGCCAAAGCUGAAUGCAUUCUGAAUUACGGACUAGAAUAUGACACAAUGUGUGAACACUACAAUCUGUGUGAUCCAAAAUACACUAACAAUCAACUGAAAUUGAUUCCUCUAAUAGAACGCCUAGACAUGGCAAUAAGCUUGUAUUGGGAAGCGUUGGCUAGCUUGCGGGCAAGUUCAUCUGCCACAAGUCCUCUCACAUUCCAACUGGAAUUUAUUCAACUUCGAGCUCAGUUCUUGCAAACAUUAUUUAGUGUGGUCACGGCUAAAAAUGCCCAAACAAUCAUUCCACCUCCGGCUAUUGCAGCGAGUUUAGCACAAAACUCACGAGAUUAUUUGCAAAAAUUUGGUCAUGUCACCAAUCAGUUGAGAAAAGUUGUAAAGUCUAUAAAGGGUUGUGAAGACUCAUAUUUGAAGCUUUAUAAAUCUGCAUUCGAUGCUGAUCCUUCAACUCUAGAAUUUCUAGAAUUAACUGAAUAUCAAUGCGCAUUGUUUGGGAACAUAAUUGAGGGAGUGUGUUAUGCUACACCUUCAGAGCCACCUCUAUCGGUGAUGAACGGACAAUAUCCAGAAACAAGAUAUCUUAUAAAUACAUGUGGGAAAAUGGAAAUAUUCGCUCAAAAUCUACCCCAAGAGCCUCAAAAUGCUAAAACCAUAACAAAUAGGCACAUGGAUGUUAUAACAAGUGAAAUUGAACUCAUUGUAAAAACUCCCAUAUGCAUGCCAAGAUACUUCUUCCAAACCCUUCAAGCUACACAAAUAAAACUAUCAGUAAGUCCACAGCCAAGAGCACCUGGGGAACAUAUAAUUGUUCAGUCAGGAAGUAAUUUGGUAAUCAAAGUCGAAGGUGUAAUUCAGCACUAUGGAAAAAGUCCGAGUUUAUUUAGAUCUGUGGAUUCGGUUCAACUUAGUUUAACAUCACAGUUAAUGACACCACGUUUGAAUACUGAGUGUAUUAAACCUCCGAGUGAUACAGUUACGUUAACCCAAACAGUAAAACCACAAAGAGAUUUCUUAUCUGGUAGUUUUCUUUUGCCUAUUUCAAUCGGUGGCCAAUGGAAUGUUACACUAGAAACGUUUGUCAUUGAUGAAGUUGGAAUAACUUGGAGUACAGGUCCAAAGAGCUCAAUGAUUGUUCGUGUCUUAGAUGACCCGAAUAAACCUCAACCUGCAUCAACGUCAACUAGUAGUAUUCCAGCCAGGCGAUUUUAAAUUUACUGAAUUUUAAUUUAUUAUUUUCAAUAAAUUAAGAAGACAAGAAGA